CUCGAAAGUAUCUGUGUAUAAGUAUCCUUUAACGUAUGUACCUACCUAUGUAUUAGUCAAUAUUUAACGUACGUUUUAAAAAAAUCUCGAUUGCAUCACUUGAUGAGAAUUGUUCCACGAUGAAGUGUGGUGCUCUUUCGAGUAUAUAAUACUUUUUAGCCACAUUGUCGAAAUCAGUUUUGCUUCCGAUCGGUCAACGAACAGUUCUCUUAAUCGAUAAGCUCGAAAGCUCGUUAAUUUUUUUCAUUCGCGAUUGUAAAAUUAUCGCAGCCUAAUAUGUAUCGAGAACGCGUUAAAAUAUUUUGUUUCGUAAUCGGUGCGAUAGCUUUAGUGCUGAGUGGUCGCGAUAUUGAAGCCGGUGUUACUCGAAAUGAGCCUGAAUCGUCCAACGAUGGGUAUCCUUUUGUCGAUGGUCUUCGAAUUAAUUCACAACGUAAUGCUAUCGAUACCAGUGAUUUAGAAGAACGUGAUACCGAAUCUUCGAUCGUUGACGGGCUUCAUAAAAUCCCUCGUCAAUUCGAAUUACCUUCAGAUGUUGAUCCGGAGGGCGAACCUACUGAAUCAAAUUACGAAGAAUUUCCAGCCCCUGUAGAAGAAUCUGAAAAACCUGUCAGUUUAUUGAACAACGAAUCUCCUAAAGAAGGCAACGUUGGCGAAUUCCCUUUCCUCAAUGGUCUUCGUAAACACUCGAGUACCGAUAAUGAGAAGUCCAAAGUGGGAGAAGAGUAUCCUAAUGGAGAUGAAAUUCCAAGACGUUCUCGUUUACGUGACGAUGCUGGAGGAUUCCCUUUCAGAGAUGGUCUUCGUAGAAAACCCCAAGAUGACGGUUCUAAAACGAAAGAUUUUCAAACAACGAACGAAGAGUAUCCUUUUGUCAAUGGUCUUCGAAGGUUGCCUGGUUCGGCAAGUGAAUCAGAAAAUUCGACUGAUGAGUCUGAAGUCGAAGGUUCGCGAAGCUUAGUCGAUGAUAUUCCAGUCAAAGAAAAUCUACCUGAAUCCAACGACGAAGUUGAAGAAUUUUCAGUCACUGAUAAAGCCGACGAAGAAGACUCUAAUCCGAUCAAGAAACGUUCUGUGGAAGAUGAUGAAUAUGGUGGUCCAGAACCGACUACGACUGAGGCGUUUUUACCCGAGGAUGUUAACAACGAUACUAGACAUGUGACAAAAAUCCACUUAUUUCCAACAACAAAACCUCGUCCUCCAGGACACGUACCUACCAGAUAUAUGGUUUCUUUCGGCCAAGAAUACGCAAAUCAAAGUCAAUUAUUGGAGAGAUGGGCUUAUAAACCGAUUCCAGCACCGGCCGUUUUUGAUAGAUUAAUAACCGAAGAGACGUAUCCUUCGAAAGGUAGAAACAAUACGUGCCCGAUAAAUUACAUCUUGGUGCGAAAUGUACGUAAAUACGAUCACCUGUAUACCGAUAAUAUAAAAGUCAUAGAUGGAGGUAUCGGCGAAACACAUGUCACAUUGAGAAUCACGAGUUAUAAUACCUAUUUAUAUAAGUACUUGAUUUUUAUUUAUGGUCUUUGCAAAGUACACCAAGAUUACCCGAAUAUGAAAGAUUUCGAAGUCGAUCAGAUUUGGACACCAGAUGCAUAAAGUUGAGAUCUGAUCUUCGAGCUUUUAUAGUUUUUGAUGAAGAAUAUAAAUCUGUGGUAGUUGAUACUUCCUAUAUUUUGUAACUAUGACUGUUUUUCGAUGCAUUUGUUUUUUUUUUUUAUAUAGCCUACGUGACUUUUUAGUGUUCUUUGUACGUUUUUUUUGUUACGUUAUUUAGUGAUAGUUAUUGAAAUAAAUUUCUUAUGAAAUAAUUAAAAAGAGUGAUUAGUUGA